CUUGCAUAUGAAAAAUACCAUUUGUACAAACGUGUUUUUCCUUGCACCUCCUUACAUUUGUUUUCUCGUGUUAUCCGAUGCAAGUUGCCCUUCUUAGUUCUUACUACUCCUCAGCAUAACUUUCUUACCGAGACGCUGAAAUUUUGAGUUUUUCACAUCCUCCUAGGUACUAACAUGGCAUCUGCAGUGAUCAGAGUCCCACGGUACUUUAAGAAUUUUAAUUCCUGCCAAUCGUAUAGUUAUUAAAUUAAUGGACUUUACAUGGAAUCCAAGUUAUUAAUCAGGUCAUCCCUGCUCGCUCACACUCUCCAAGAAUGCAUCCGAACCCAGUCCAUCCCGCUCACCAAACAGCUUCACUCUAUCAUCCUUACAUCCGGGUGUUUCAGAGAGCGAUUUGUGGCCAAUCACCUCAUCAAUGUCUACUCAAAAUUGGGCCGUUUAGAUGUUGCGCAUUUUUUGUUUGAUAGAGUGCACAACAGAAAUGUCCUGUCUUUUAAUAUUUUGCUGGGAGGGUACAUAUGGAACGGAAAUUUAAGUGCUGCUAUGAACUUGUUUGACAAAAUGCCUGAUAGAAAUUUGGCAACUUGGAAUGCGGUUAUAAAUGGGUUCGUCCAGUUCGAGUUCAAUGAAAAGGCAUGGAACUUGUUCUUUGAAAUGCACUUGCUUGGUUUCUCACCUGAUGCAUUUACUCUUGGGAGUGUUCUCAGAGCUUGUGCUGGAUUAAGAGAUUUGAGCAAGGGAAAACAAGUUCACUCUUAUGCUUUGAGGUCAGGGUUGGAUGGUGAUCUGGUUGUUGCAAAUGCACUGGCUCACAUGUACAUGAAAUCUGGGAAUCUUGAAGAAGGCGAGAUAUUGAUUAAGGGGAUGCCAUUUCAGAAUUUAGUUGCUUGCAAUACUCUUAUUGCAGGUAAGGCACAAAGCCAAUGUUCUGAAGGUGCUCUGGAUCUUUAUAACAUGAUGAAAAUGGAAGGGUUGAGACCCGACAAGAUUACAUAUGUAAGUGUGAUCAGCUCAUGUUCUAAGUUGGCUGUUCUUGGACAGGGGCAACAGAUUCACACUGAGGUGAUAAAAUCCGGAGCCAUCUCAGUCGUUGCUGUUGUCAGCUCAUUGGUCAGUAUGUAUUCAAGGUGUGGAUGUUUGGAUGACGCAAUUAAGGUGUUUGAAGAGAGGAAGGAAGCAGAUAUAGUUUUGUGGACUGCAAUUAUAGCUGCUUAUGGGUUUCACGGGAGAGGACAAGAGGCGUUAGAAAUAUUUGAUAGUAUGGAAUUAAUAGGACUGGAAGCAAAUAACGUCACUUUCUUGAGCGUGCUUUAUGCAUGUAGUCACUGUGGGCUGAAAGAUAAAGGGCUUGAGAUUUUCUACUUGAUGGUGCAAAAGCAUAAUUUAGAACCUCAACUGGAACAUUACACCUGUGUGGUUGACCUUUUGGGAAGAUCAGGUCGUUUGGAUGAAGCUGAAGCUUUUAUAAGAUCUAUGCCUGUCAAGGCAGAUGCUAUCAUAUGGAAGACUCUUCUAUCAGCCUGUAAAAUCCACAAGAAUGUAGAUAUGGCCGAAAAGAUAGCUACAGAAGUCCUAAAGAUUGAUCCUCAAGAUUCAGCUUCUUAUGUGCUUCUUUCUCACACCCAAGCCUCUGCUAGAAGGUGGAAGCAUGUAUCAGAAGUUUGGAAAGCAAUGAAAGAGAGAGGGGUGAAGAAAGAGCCAGGGGUGAGCUGGGUUGAGUUAAAGAACCAGAUUCAUCAAUUUAUUAUGGGCAGCAAAUCUCAUCCACAGUGCGAAGAGGUUGAAAAUUAUCUGGAUGAACUAACUGCUGAAUUGAAGCUAAAUGGGUAUGUGCCAGACACGGCAUCAGUUUUGCACGACAUGGAUGUGGAGGAAAAAGAGCACAACUUGUUACAUCACAGUGAGAAGUUGGCAAUUGCUUUUGCUCUCAUGAACACCCCCGAUGGUGCGCGGAUUAGGGUGAUGAAGAACUUGCGAGUGUGCAAUGACUGCCACCUUGCAAUCAAGUACAUUUCCAAGAUCAAAGGGCGAGAGAUUGUUCUUCGUGAUUCCAGUAGGUUUCAUCACUUCAAAAAUGGGCAUUGUUCUUGUGGAGAUUACUGGUGACUUGAGAGGAGUUCAAUUUGCUCAUUGAUGAAGUAUCAUCUCACAAUCUUUUGCCUUUUAUUGUUGGUGGAACGAUUUACUAUAUACAGAUGUAAGAAGAAAGGCCUUGGCACUUGCUUGGAGUAACUACCACCUUUGAUGUUUUGGCACAUGGGUAAACCUGCAGCACGAAGACUAUUAAUAAGAAGAAUUACUGAGGAAAUGUCAUUCUUUGGUUUCAAUGCCUGUGGUGUGAAGGAAUGUUUUUUUUAUUUGUUUAUUCAUUAUUUCAUUAAAUAGCAUUAUUUGUUAGAGAACUCAUUGAAAACAUUUUCGUUUAGGAAAAAUAAUGCUUCCAUAUAUUCCUAAUUAUCACACUAGGCAGAAUGGCCAUGUAAAUCCCACUAAGCUAUCAUACGUAGUAUUUUAUUUCAUAGUAUGUCAACAUCAUC